UUUGUUGGUGAAUGCUGUAGUGAGUUGUUUCUCUACAGCAUUGGGUUUGGAAGUUCAAAAGUGACUGUCAUACUUCCUGGAUUAGCUGCACGAAGCAUUUCUUUGUGUAGUCAGUUGAUAGGAUAUGAUGGAGAUCAAUUGAGCAGCCUGAUCGUCUUCGUAAAAUACAUCCACACAUCAUUCCCUUUCUUGAUUUGCUUGAAAAGCACAAGUAUUAGUUGUUGUCGUUACCUGUGACUCAGGGAGUUCUUGUCGUAGGAACACAAGUACAGGCUACCAGAUAUGGCCCUUGCAGCACGGCUGCGAUGUCCUCUGCACAGUGCCAUAAUUGGAGUGCGGAGUUGUGCAUCUCAAGCCCCCGCACCACCAGCACCCUUUAAGUCUAAGGACACGAAGGAGAGCACCAGCUCAACUCCCAGCUCCAAACCUCGGCCUGCACCCGUUGUGUCUGAAGCAAGUACCACUGCUCCGCGGGGUGGCAGGGCUGCUGCUAUCGACAAGCCUAAAACGUUUGAAGUGGCUCACCUGGGCGACUUUGGCGAGAAAGUCCCAGAGAAGUUUAUACCUGUGUCCAGGCGUUUUCUGAUUCGUCGCCUUAUCGAGGACAAGUCACUUCUGAAUGGAGACCAAUCUGGGAAAUUUGAGCAGUUUGCUCUGGCUUUGAACCAGUCUGUUGCUACCCAAAUGGUUCAUCAUUUAGAUGAGAUGAAGCACCUGUAUGAUCCGCUUGACCCGGACAAAGACACCAUGACGCAACACCGGCUAACGCGUAACGAGUACCUGGAUCACGAGUUCUGGUUGCUGCGGCAGCUUGGCCGCGUACUGGAGAAGGCCAACUUCCAGCGACUGCCACACCACCUGGUCUGCGAGGAGAUGCGCGAGCACCACACCAGCGAGGGUGUCCGUGUCAGUGUCAAUGUCAACUCCUACGACACUCUGCAGAUCUGGACUCGAGGGAAGGGACCCGUGCGAAAUGAUAGAUCUGACAGCCACUUUGUUGUCCGGGCCGGCUACUGGUGUGUUGACGCUUUGAAGAACCGCUUCAACCCGCCACCGAAGGGCAGCGAUGAGGCGUUCAGACGUGUUGUGUUGUUGGCCAGGCAGCACCAAAGUGACAAGCUCAUUUUGAAGAUAUUCCGUGACGUACCCUGUCGAAGGCUGGAGACUCUUCUACCCGAUGGUCGUGUGGUCAUGUCCAAGCUGGAUCGCUACAUGCUGAUGACUGGCAUCAGCAGCGGUGUAAUGACGCUAUCACUCAAAGCCAUUGCAUUCCUGCUGGACUUGCAGAUCCACUACAUGUGGGUGGGCGCACUGCUGGUCGGUAUCACCACGUUCCGUGCGUGGCUGGCGUUCAAGAACAAGCGCAACUCCUACCUGGCACAGCUGACGCAGAUGCUGUACUUCCACAACGUGGCCAACAACCGUGCCGUAUUGGCACAGCUUAGUGAUCGUGCCGGUGAUGAGCAGUUCAAGGAGGCAUUGCUUCUCUACACGUUUGUCUUGUCCAGCAUGGCUGAGGGCAGCAAGAUCCCGGCCAAUAAGUUUGAGCUGCAGCGUGCCAUCGAGGAGUGGCUCGUGCAGCAGUUCAAGCUGCCGAACGAGUCGUUCCGCUUUGACAUGAGCGACGCCAUGUCAUGCCUGCAACGCCUGGGACUGGUGUCGGAGCGCGGUCGAGACAGCACGCUCCUGACGACGGAGAUCGCCGAAGCUAUUCUCCUGCUGCAGUCUCACUCGAUCACCAAGGCUACUCCAUCUGGUAACGACGUGAUGGAAGUUGCGGAGGGAGAGCUGGCAGAUGACGGCGGACCAACUGCUCCAUCUGGAGCUUCGUCAAAGUAGACUGGUUGGGUGGCAUUGUUCAGAUCAUAUGCUGUGCCAGCACAUUAUGAACUGGCUACCAGGGACACUACAUGCAGAACAAUUUGAUUAGAUUUAGUGGUGGCAGUGGUAGUCGUGGUACUACUUGUGUACUGUUGUGCUGCCGUACACUGCUGCUUUGUUGUUCGUCAACGUGUUUUGGGUUUUUUCACCCGCUGUCAUCACUAGCUCGCUGGGCAUAUGUUGUGACAGGUGAGGUGCAGUGUUGCUCUCACUCGCUUGCAAUGCUAGUCUGUGCGCUGGUUUCACAUGGCGCCUAUGCCGCUGCAGUUGAGUUGACAGUGGUGCAUUGAACUGUUAGUCACAACCACCUGUGCCUGCUACGCUGUACAUGCACUAUCUCGCCAUGGCGGCGAGUCUUGCAUGGUUUUUGCUUCUUCUUUUUCUUCGCGAUGUGGUUGCAUGCUAUUCAUGCCCACACCUGUAGAUUUUGUCAACUUGUUUUCAUUUGAAUUUUGCCUGUAGAUUUUACCAAUUUUCAGUUUUGAAUUUUUGUCUCUUCUGUUGUACCGGUAUGUCUA